AUGAAGACAUCAUUUAUCUCCUUAGCUGCAAUUGUAUUAACUCAAUUGUUUCCUUCAGUAUCAGCUACUGCAUCUCCAGAUGAAUUAAAAAUUAAAAUUCUUAAACUGGUUGAAUGUAAACGUAAAACCAAAUCAGGAGAUUUCAUUAGUGUUCAUUAUUCUGGGAAAUUAGAAGAUGGUACUGAAUUUGAUAGUUCAUUUCUGAGAGGUACUCCAUUACCAUUUAAUUUAGGUAGUAAACAAGUGAUUACUUGUUGGGAUGAAGGAUUAUUAGAUAUGUGUAUUGGUGAAAAAAGAGAAUUAUGGUGUCAUCCAAAUGUAGCAUAUGGAAGUAAUGGAAUUGGUCCAAUCCCACCAAAUUCAGCAUUGAUAUUCACUGCUGAAUUAGUUGAUAUUGCUGGUGUUGAUAAAGAAGAAAAAGUCGAAAAAGAUGAAUUAUAA